AUGCAAUUUUUCAUUAACGGCUCUGUCUAAAAUGUACCUAGUGUACCCUAUAAAUUACUAAACAGAUGAUUUUCCUCAUCUAGUGAACCCCAACGUUAUAGACGAAAGUCGAUUUAGACAUCCCUAAACAUUUGCAAUGUUCUUGCUUCUGCAGAGUUUAUUUUGUUUUUAACCGGACUUUAUUGAUGAUCGACUAGGUUGGACGUUUUGGGAUAUUGACCAGUUGUUCUCCUGACUUCAACUCAUCACACAAGCUAUAAUUCAUUCAUUCACAACUCCCAAGUCAAGCCUACUUGCAGUGACUAAAAUUGAACGCGCAAAUUCGUAUCUGAGCUUAAAUGCCUCAGAAUUGGUUAACAGGAUCCUUGCUUGCACUAUGAAAAUAAUUCACCACUAUUGAAUAUCCUAGAAAUCCACGAGAAACAAGGAAAUUCGAGUAAACGUUUACCUCAGACAAUUUGGAAGAUCAACAUGACAACGGAUACUGAAGAAAAAUCAUCCGAGGAGAAAUUGCAACCAUCUAAAACAACAGUAGACCAAACAAACGAUAACAACAAACCUCUUCCACCAGAAAUCAUGGACAUACUAAAAGAUCUAAGUGAAAAUAGUAAAAUCGUUUUUAAAUCACAACAAAGAGGUGAGGCGGAACUGCUGCAAUCGGAAAAAAUCCAAUUAGCCAAAGAUGUAUAUCAAAGGAAUCCACAGACCUUCCUUAUCCGUUUCGGUAGUUAUAUGCAGCAGAAACAUUUGGAAGAUUUUGCACGACUUUCUAUAGCCGACAGUGAUGAGGAAAUGUAUUGCAUGGUUAGUGAAUAUCAAAGGAAAUUGAAAACAAGACAACAGGAUGUAAAGAAUCGCAGAUAUGUUGCCCUGCAACGACUCAUUCAAGAUGGUGAGUACUUCAGUGAACAGGAAAUGAUGAAAAGAUCCCCAGAACUAUACCACGAACUGGUUGGACAACAUUUGAGCAAGGAAGAAAGGCAAAUGCGUGAUAGCUAUGAUGUAAAGAACACCACAUUUUCUGGCAUACUAAUGCACAACAUGGAACGUGAUGAAAUAUCCAAAAUAAUGGAAGAGGCUGAGAAGAAAAUUAAAGAAACUCAAUCCGAUGAGUCGUGUGAUAGUACAAGUUCAACGAAUUCUUCAGAAGUGAUAAAAGAAACAAAAAAAGAUGGUAUCACAGAAGAUGUCGUUGAUUCUGUGGUGCCACAAAAUUUCCGCCAACAAUGGGGUAAUUUUGACAAUGAACAACAAGCCUGUUCUUCAAGUAAAGUAGAGACGAAGAAGGAGGUAAAGAAGAAAGCAGUGGCAAACAAAAUCAUUCCUUUAGAUAAUCUCAUCACUGCCGAUGAGAGAGAACUUUUGCGGCAGGAAUUUAUAAGUCAAAUGCAUGAAUCCUUUUUAAAUGGACAGGAUAGUGAUUUUGACUAUGCCACCGUAGAUGAUAAUACACAGUAUGAUGAUUUGGUAAUUUUGAAUCAGGACAGGGAAGAUAAAUACUUUGAAGAAGACGACAGUGACGAUGAUGAUAUAGAAGAUGGUGAUGGCAAAGAAAAACGACAUAUUUCUGCCGUUAUGGAACAAAGUGAAUCAGAAGAUGAACUGGAUGUUUAUAUGAACCAUUUAAAUAAACAUUUUAGUUUACAAAAGUAA